AUGAUGAUAGGGCAAAAACCAACGGACGACCACGACAUCAUAGCACGGGUUUUUAGAAUUAAAGUUCAAAAACUGGUGGCCCUCCUCACUAAAGGGCAUGCUUUUGGCGAGUCACAGUGCUUCAUGUACUCAAUGGAGUGGCAAAAGCGUGCCUUGCCACACGUGCACUUGCUGCAAGAACUAAAAGAAAAAUUGCGGCCGGACCAAAUUGAUGAUGUGAUAUCAGCAGAGUUGUCUGACCCUGAAGUGGAUUAA